GGGAGAAGCCUCGCCAACCUGGUCUCUUUCCUGCCCCUCACAGGCCUGGGAGUGCACACGCUCUUCUGAUUAAGGUGGUCCCUUCGGCAGGCUUGUCAGAGAGCUAGAAAGAAGGAACUGUGUCCCAGCAGGAUGGCACUGGGCCUCAGGGGUGGAUGGUAGAAAGGAACAAGUGGCCUGUUGCCUAGCAUUGCUGUUUGCAUCUUUUUAAACUCAGCUCUCUCUCUCCCUACAACGUGGGCCUCCUGCUUCUCCAGCAAGUCUGAUUGUAGCCCCACCGAAGGGAAGGGCUCUUGGAGGUGGGUGACAUGUUCGUGAAAAUCUGAGAUUACAUUUCUUCUGGGUUUAGUAGGGCUUUUGCUUGCACCGUAUUUAUAGGUUUAAUGGUUUGUUUUUUGUUUUGUUUUUUUGGUUGUCUGUGUGCCCUAAUUAUUGCUUCUUCAUCUGAAUCAAAAGAACCAUAACCUCUGUAAACUCUCUGCUUUUGUAACCAGUAAACCUCCACAUUCCAAAACACAGACAUGGUUGUAGAAUUGGCUUUCACAAUACCUGCUCUUCCAACCUGAGCCUCUUCUUUGUUAUCAGUGGCACUUGUGACCUGGUAAGGGUCUUAAGACUUCUCCUGGAGGCCUGCAGCCUCCAUUUCCCACCCCCACCCCAACCUCCCUGCAUUUUUCAUAAUUUUUUGCAGUAUGUCAUGAGUCGCUUUGCAUUGUGUACUUUGCCUCUGAAAUGUUUUUAUGGCCAUCUGUCUUCCUACGACCCUUGAAGGGUAAAUGUUGAAAACAGCAUGUUGGGAGACCCCAGGAUCCAAAAAGACUACACUGGACGAUGAAGAAGUACUCCCUCCUGCCAAAGGAGAUCACAGUUGGAGAAGGUAGACUCUGAAGUGAUUUUUAAAAUUUCUUGUGGGAAUAAUACCAGGAGGAUUGAUCCCCUUAAAAAAAACAAAAACCUGCUUUUGGCUCUGCCAGCCUUGUUUAUUUCCCGAAUCGCCAUGUGUUGUGUGCAAGGUUUUGGCUGCCAGCUUGGUAUGUGAUGAGUGGAGGGCCUCACAUCUCCCCCUUGCUUUAAUCUGGCAUAAAAACCCACACAUUCCUGUCAUUCUCCUGUGUGGUACCUCCAGGUGUUAGCCAGGGCAGGAGAGCAGAGAGGUGUGAUGACAGGAAGGAGAGAGAGACAGGACGGUGGAAGAACCCGUCUGCUCCUGUGACUGCUUUGGUCGGUGUUGAAUCAUUCCUUAGUUUAGUGAGGUGUCAGCUUGGAAGGCACAGAGAAUUUGGCCCUCAGAAGACAAGAUGAUGAUGAUAAUAGGAAUAAUUAUAUGUUACGUUUUUAGUUUAUAGAAGACUUUCACAAGCAUUAUCUCAUUUGCCUCAGGAUGGGGGCAUUUCAGUGGGGUGAGUGGAAAGUUAAGUCUUGGGUGGUCAGGGGACCUGAGGGGUCAUGAGGUCCAGAAGGAAGAGGCCAGGAAAAAUAAAGCAUGGUACCUGCUCAUACUGGCCUGGAACAGAUAUGGUGCCGCAUCUUUCUACAUCCGUUUCCACAGAGUAAUUGUUAAUAUCCAUUUGUGAUAGCUCUUACUCUACAGAAGGGAAUAAAGCGCUUGCACAUAUUUGAACAGAACCGUUAGCGUGAACAGUCACUGUUAGUGACUAAGCACUCUUUAUUCAAAACCUGUGAUAGUACAUUCCAGUCUAGUACUACCUUUACUCCUUUCACUCUGGUGCUUAGUUCUGUCAUCAAUGCUGUGUUUCAGUUCUAUGUGUAUGUUUUUGCCUGAGCUGUCUGGAGCAGACGCAUGGUAUCUUCCUGUCCAAACAGGUGUGUGCAUGACUGAUUAGUUACCCUCUUAACAACCCAGUUCACUGUAGCAUUUUGAUGGCAAUAAAUCUGUAACCUGUGGGUUGUUUUGUGAUACAGUCCUGAUGUUUUGCCUUGACCAGUACCUGUUCUUUGUUUUACUUGAAAUUAUUAUUUAAGUGUUAACUUUUCUCUGUUUCAACCUAUCUCUAAGGCGUGCAUAGAAAAUGUACUUUGAAAUGUACUCCAUAUUUCUUUUUGUGUGAGGGCCCAGGCUUUAACAAUACAAAAUCACAAGAGAAAUUAAAUAUAAGAGGAAAAUUCAGCAAAACCAUGAACUGAAAUUUAUAAAGUCUCUUAUUUUAGGGUGAAAUAUUGCAUAUGAAAAAUUCUGUCAUUUAUUGUAAUACUUAAGUUAUAAUUAAUUUUUAUUAACUUAAUAUAGAUUUUGACAAAGCCUAGACUUAAUAAAAUCUGCUUCUCCAUUCAGGGCCUAGAAUUGACAUUUUGAGAGAAUCAUAGAUGAUUUUUACAUUAGAAGAACACUAGGUUUAGUUUCUGUCUUGUUUUAUUGAUAGGAUUGAUGUAAAAUAGAUUUUACUUAAAUGAUGCUUUUUGUUCCUUAGCAUUUAUCAUCUGUUUCUUCCUUGUGAAAAUGGUUCUUGGUUUAGGGAAAAAGCAAGAGGUUGAAGGACACAGAGCGGUGUAGUGAGGAAAUGCUCAUUUUGUUUAAACAAAACAAAACAAAACAAAACUCAAAAAACAAGAGCUAGGCCAUAGAAAUAAACCCUUUUCCUCUAAAGCAAUGUGAUUUGGUUAUUGGUCAGUAUUUUAAACAUUAUAUGUAGUAAUGAUAAGGUAUACACUAAUGACUUUGAAUAUAAUUGUAUGUAACAUUUUCAUGCAAGGAAGAUGUAAACGGUGUAUCCAAAGGUUGUGGAACCCUGUAAUGCACUGUUAGCAUACAAGUCAUUCUAUCUGGCUAAAACUCAAUUGUCUUGUAGCCCUCAAGGCAUCAAUUUUAGCAUUAUUGCUCUCAACAACAGUAUAUUGAAUAUUAUGUCAGUUAAAGGAGAAUAAUUAUCAAGGCAAGUUAGGGUGGCUGUUAGUCUUACCACAUAUUGACUUGGUUAGCAGUUGGCUAUAGAUUGUGUUACUGGGCAAAUGAAGAUGUACGGUAAGUUGAACUGGUGAAGCCAGGAUAUUAAUUUAACUCUCUCUGGGCCUAAACCUCCAUCCCUUAUGUAUACACAGCUACUGCUAGUUUCAGAGAUAGUUUUGAAUGUGGUAGAAUAGCAGGUGUCUGAUCUGAUUUUGAAUUUUUGGAUGUAGGGGAAAAGAGGAGGGUGUCUGAGGAGGUUAUUAAAAGGAAAGAAGGAGGUGAUAGUGAUGGCCCAGAUUCAUUUAAAAGACUAGCAGUAUCUUUCAAGAAUCCUGUGCUGUUUUGAUAAAAAUGGCUUUUUCACUUCUGUAAUUAUCCAUGUAAUUCAUAAGUGAGCCAGCUAGGUGUAAAACAUAUAACAGAACUGGGACCACAGUGAUUUUAGAAUCCAGGUGACAUCUUAAAGGUAGAAAACCCAGCAUUCUCCUGUGUGGCAAUUAGAGUGUUCAUUCAUAAAGUACAGAAAAAGUGAGGAUGCUGCCGGCAAGGUACUGGACCGCUGGGCCAUCAUGUCUCGAGAAGAGGAAAUCAUCACCCUUCAGCAGUUUCUGCGGUUCGGAGAAACCAAGUCCAUUGUGGAGCUGAUGGCAAUUCAGGAGAAAGAAGGGCAGGCCGUAGCUGUACCAUCUUCAAAGACAGACUCAGACAUAAGGACUUUCAUUGAGAGCAAUAAUCGCACCCGGAGUCCCAGCCUUCUUGCUCACCUAGAGAACAGCAACCCUUCCAGCAUUCAUCACUUUGAAAACAUCCCCAACAGCCUCGCAUUUCUGCUUCCAUUCCAGUACAUAAACCCAGUCUCGGCCCCACUGCUAGGAUUGCCUCCAAACGGGUUACUGUUAGAGCAACCGGGACUAAGGCUGCGGGAACCAAGCCUUUCAACCCAGAAUGAAUACAACGAGAGCAGUGAAUCUGAAGUAUCUCCCACACCUUAUAAGAAUGAUCAGACACCCAAUAGAAAUGCCCUGACCAGCAUUACUAAUGUGGAGCCCAAAACCGAGCCAGCCUGCGUAUCUCCCAUUCAGAAUUCUGCCCCAGUCAGUGAUCUGACCAAGACUGAACACCCAAAAAGCUCCUUCCGGAUUCACCGGAUGAGAAGGAUGGGUUCAGCCUCUAGGAAAGGAAGAGUGUUUUGUAACGCAUGUGGGAAGACAUUCUAUGACAAAGGUACUCUCAAAAUUCAUUAUAAUGCUGUUCACCUGAAGAUCAAACACCGAUGCACCAUCGAAGGUUGCAACAUGGUCUUUAGCUCCCUCCGAAGCCGGAAUCGCCACAGCGCAAACCCUAAUCCUCGCCUCCACAUGCCCAUGCUACGAAAUAACCGAGACAAAGAUUUAAUUCGGGCCACAUCAGGAGCUGCCACCCCCGUCAUAGCAAGUACAAAAUCAAAUCUCACACUCACAAGCCCUGGCCGGCCCCCAAUGGGUUUUACCACUCCCCCACUAGACCCAGUCUUACAGAAUCCUCUGCCUAGCCAGCUGGUGUUUUCUGGGCUAAAGACUGUACAGCCAGUUCCUCCAUUUUAUAGAAGUUUACUCACUCCGGGGGAAAUGGUGAGUCCUCCAACCUCCCUCCCGACCAGUCCCAUCAUUCCAGCCACUGGUACCAUAGAGCAGCACCCACCACCACCUUCUGAGCCCACAGCACCAGUAGUGAUGAUGGCCACUCACGAGCCCAGUGCCGACCUGGCGCCCAAGAAGAAGCCCAGGAAGUCCAGCAUGCCUGUGAAGAUUGAGAAGGAGAUCAUUGACACCGCUGAUGAGUUUGAUGAUGAAGAUGAUGACCCCAACGAUGGUGGAGCUGUGGUCAACGACGUGAGCCAUGACAAUCAUUGCCACUCCCAAGAGGAGAUGAGUCCAGGCAUGUCUGUGAAGGACUUUUCUAAACACAGCAGGACCCGGUGCAUUUCAAGGACUGAAAUAAGAAGGGCUGACAGCAUGACUUCUGAGGACCAAGAACCUGAGCGGGACUAUGAGAAUGAGUCUGAGUCUUCAGAGCCCAAACUAGGCGAGGAGUCCAUGGAAGGGGAUGAGCACAUUCACAGUGAAGUGAGCGAAAAAGUCCUGAUGAGCAGUGAGAGGCCUGAUGAGAACCACAGUGAGCCCUCUCACCAGGAUGUCAUCAAGGUGAAGGAAGAAUUCACAGAUCCCACUUACGACAUGUUUUACAUGAGCCAGUAUGGACUGUACAACGGUGGGGGAGCCAGCAUGGCAGCCCUGCAUGAAAGUUUUACAUCGUCUCUGAAUUAUGGCAGCCCUCAGAAGUUCUCCCCAGAAGGGGACCUGUGUUCUAGCCCAGACCCCAAAAUCUGUUACGUGUGCAAGAAGAGUUUCAAAAGCUCCUACAGUGUGAAGCUUCACUACAGGAAUGUUCACUUAAAAGAGAUGCAUGUGUGCACGGUGGCUGGCUGCAAUGCUGCCUUCCCCUCUCGCCGAAGCAGAGACAGAAACAGAAAUUUACGGAUGGAAAGAACCAUAGGUCCAGGACAUCGAGACAGCCUGCAUCUCCGUAGACACAGCGCCAACAUAAACCUGCAUCGCAAACUGUUGACCAAAGAACUCGAUGACAUGGGCCUGGACUCAGCGCAGCCCUCCCUUAGCAAGGACCUCCGGGAUGAAUUUUUGAUGAAGAUCUAUGGUGCCCAGCACCCUUUGGGGCUUGAUGUCAGGGAAGACGCCUCCUCUCCCGCAGGGACUGAAGACUCCCACCUGAAUGGGUACGGGAGAGGCAUGGCAGAGGACUACAUGGUCCUUGACCUGAGCACCACCUCCAGCCUGCAGUCCAGCAGCAGCAUCCAUUCCUCCCGAGAAUCCGACGCGGGCAGCGACGAGGGGAUUCUUCUCGACGACAUCGAUGGGGCGAGUGACAGUGGGGAGUCUGCACACAAGGCUGAGGUCCCUGCCCUCCCCGGCAGUUUAGGGGCCGAAGUUCCAGGAUCUCUGAUGUUCAACAGCUUGUCCGGGAGCAAUGGUGGGAUCAUGUGCAACAUUUGCCACAAAAUGUACAGCAACAAGGGGACUUUGAGAGUGCACUACAAAACUGUGCAUUUGCGAGAAAUGCACAAGUGCAAAGUCCCCGGUUGCAAUAUGAUGUUUUCCUCUGUGCGAAGCCGAAACCGGCACAGUCAGAACCCUAAUCUCCACAAAAACAUUCCCUUCACUUCAGUAGAUUAGGCUCAGAAUGGACACUACAGAUGCCAGCUCUCACCAGAUGGCCUACAUAUUUGAACUGCCAUAGUCAGUGUGUGCUUGUGUACUUGGGUGUGUGUGUAUGUGUGCGUGUGUGCGUGUGUGUGUGUACACAUGUAUGCCUCUGUGUCUACAUACACACACACGCAUCUUUUCUUUAGAUAUAAAAAGAUGAACACUAGGUGCUUUUGAAAUUAUUUUCUUUUUCCUUUAUAGUUUUGGGAAAGGGGUGGGAACUUUAAUUUGGGAGUGAAAACAGAGUACCCUUAAAACACACAUACACACACACACACAAAGUGUGCAACUAGCCCAAAUUCUGAAAGAAUAAGAAUUCUCGGUCCUCUCCAGAGGGACAGUUUGUUAUACCCAUGACUGUUGCCUGCAAAGAAAUAAAUAAAAGGGGAAAAAAAAGAAAAAAGAAACAAAAAAGGAACUUCUUACAGUUGUCUUUUGUGAACUUUAAGGUUUUGAGAGAAUCUUCAAUUAAAGCAUGGCAGAUUCACCUGUAAAUAUUUAGCCUUGAGAGGCCAAUGAUGUAAAGCAAUUGUAUUGAUGGUUGUUUAACUCUUUUGUUUAAUUUUUACAGUUACAUCCAGCUGUUAGAUAUGCAGGAGAAAAAUAGUUUGCUGGCUAGCUCUAUUCAUUUAUGUUAGCAUUAAUGCACAUUUUUUUUUUUUUAAAGAAAAACCAUGGUCUUGUUUUUACUACCUGCUAGAUAUAGUGAUAAAGAGGUGCUGGCAUGCUUUACAGCACAGAUCUGAUUUUUUAAAAUGUCCUGUACUAGUACAUAAAUCCAGUCAUGCACUUUUUUUCAUACACUACAAGGGGAUGUGUAAUAUCCAUGCUUCUUUUUUUAAUCCUUAAACUAUUGCCAUACUUCAAGUAAGUGUCUUUUUAAAAAAAUUCACUUGUAUAAAAAUGGUCUGGUCAGUAUAGGGCACAAAUGCCAAACAAAAGUAUUAGUGUUAACACAAAACUGCCAACUUUGCACAAGUUUCCAGAAAAGAAAAUACAAUUAGUCACUCAACAUAACCACAGGCCAAUUUGUUGGCCACCAGAAAACCGCUUUAAAAAAAGAACACUUGGUGAUUCUUUCAAGUGCCGAAUGUUAUUAGAAUCAACAUUGCAUCCUUCUUGCUUAUAUGUUAAGUUACAUAAAAGGAAAACAAAAUUAUGUGGUGUGAAACAGCCAAGGCAUUUGCUCUUCAGAGGCAGGAUAAUAUUUCAGGAUACAAAAGCCCAAGUUACUCACUAUGGAACAAAGCUGAAAAUAGUAAAAGUGUUGAACACUCAUUUCCAAGGACCUAACCCUUCUCCUUUAAAAAGAAAGAAGUAAGUCUGCACUGGGUUGGUCUGUUGUAUGGCUGUCUAAUUUUUUGCAAGUUAGGCAGUCGUCCUAUGAUUCAGGCCCGUUUGAUAGACAAAAUCAAAAGACAUUUCACAGCGGCAGUUACUCAGAAGCUUUGAAAACAUGUGCUGAACUUGAAUUGAGCAACACUCCUUUCUGAAAAGCCAGACGAAGGGGGGUUUAAAAUAGGAUCUCUCACUGUUGAGUGUUUUGUGUUUCCCCACAUGAUUUGUCAGAGAGAAAUGAAAGCAAGCCUGAAACCCAGCAAUUGAGAGUGAGAAAGAGGGGGAGACAAUUCUCCAAACCUUUUUUGUUUUGUUUUGUUUUGUUUCCGAUGUUUACACAUGUUGCCUGAGCUGGUUAACCACAUGGGCAGCCCUCAGCUACCACAACAUACUGACUAAAUGAUGAUAUUUACUCAAGUUCAGUCUGCAGCCAAAACCAUUAGGACGCGCAUUGCAGACUGUGUUUUGUUGUCUUUUUUUUUUUUUUUUAAGUGGAGGGGGGAAAGACAGAUAAACAAGGAAUAUUUUGUCUAACAGUACACAGUAAUUUAAAGAGAAUGUAUUUCUUUUCUGCAUUUAAUGGCCUCAAACAUUUCUCUCAUCGGUCUCAAGGUUAGAAAUACCCCCUUUGUUUGAACUUUGCAUGUUGUUUCCAUUUUUCAUAUGUUUUGUAAUUACUUUUUCUAUGUUCACAUCAGCAUUCACUUCCGUUAAAUUUGCCAAAGGAAACUGUUAAUAUGUUUCUGUUGUUGUUAUUAUUCCUGUAGGAUUUAUUGUACCUCACAGUAUUUAUUGUUUCCAAAAAUAAGCAUCAUUAGUUGAGGAUUCAGUAUUUUUAUUUGUAAAAAUUUCAGAAACAAUAGAUUCUUCAAGAUAAGCUAGACUUGUCUAGAAGCUUCAUCUUUUCAUCUCCUUCAGAGGAUACUAUGGGGUUCGUUUAAUUCGUUUGUUCUCCAGUGAGGAAAGACCAAAAGUAUUCGCAGUACAAAAAAAACCAUAUCAAACACUAUGUCUGUUAAAUGACAAAUGUUUACGGUAAAAAGCUGAGGAAUUAGUAAUAACCAUUUUUGUUUUCUUGUACCUUUGAAUUUCCCAAAGUCUUAAUUGCUUUAUUUUGGUGUUGUGUUAAAUUGAAUAGACAGAUGUUUUCCUUUGUUUUAUACCAUAUAAGACUAUGUACAGUAUGUUUGUGAAAAAUUGAACUAGAAUAAUGAAAGUUUGUUUGCAAACAUUUUCGUCCUCUUAGCGUUCUCUGUGUUGCGCUGUUGCCCCACUACCAAAUGAUUUGAGUCAAAAAGGGUGGAAAAAAUAUUUUUUAGUAUCCCAAGAAGAGAUUAGGGAGACACUAGCUUUUGAAUUGUGAUAGACUGAAUUACACCUAGUUUUAUGAAAAUUAACACAUUUUUAUUUCAGUGAUAUUUAAAAGUUAUACUCUUGGCUGAGCUAUUAGAACUCAUCUUGUACAGAAUCAAUGUUUAGUCUGUUUAAUUUAAUGUCAACUAAAAGGUCAAAUAGCCCUCGUGAGUGAAUUACAUAGCUGUCAGCAGGUCACAUCAGCAAAUGAACUGGGCUUAGAACAAAUGUUUGUUGCUUGCCACAAACCGGGCUAAUGUGAAUAGCCAGUUAGAACAGCCUGGAAGUAAUGAGAUUCUCCAAGUAGAAUUCCCCUUGCUCUUGUGAAUGUGUUCGCCUGAGAUUUGUCAGAGAAACGGCCAUGAGUCCUGGACAACUGGCUCUUGUUUUGAAGUGUCUCCCCUAUUUGCUACUGCUUUUGUGCCUCAAGUGCCCAAAUGUUAUGGUGGCCUUCUAAAUGGGUGAAAAACACUUUCUAGUAUAAAGCCUACUUGCUUAAAAAGUGACCUGGGGAGUGGAUGGAAGCAAAGUGGCACCUGGACUUAACAUGUAACAUUAUGGAUUGCACAGGGCUUCCCGUCCCAGAGUGUUGCUUUUUCUUGGGUGUGUGCCUGAGCACAAUAUUUUGACUUAACUGUACAUCUAGUUAGGACAGUGAUCCCAAGGCUUACUUGCAAACGGGAAGGCAAAAGAGAUCAGCAUUUUAAUCACUGGGCCCUUCGUCUUUGUCCGUUUUCUACUCGUUUGUUUUCUCGUAGGAGUUUUCUAUGGUGAAACGGUUUCUCUCGAGCUGCAUCCAUUCUGUGCUGGCUGAAAAGGAAGGGCGAUGCAGAUUUUCAUGCAAGCAGCUUUCCCCCAUUUGAUUGAUUUAACCACGGUUUUGUCACAGGUAGAAAAUGAGGCAGUAUUAUUAAUGUGCAUGUUCACUAGCUGAUGUCGAAACUUACUGUUUUGAUCAUUUUAAACUAUGUUUUUGUACAUAUCAGAGAGGCUGAGUCUGCUUUAGGGAACGUCUGCAAGCUGCGGAGGUGACGGCAAAGAGCAAGAGGAGGGGUAGAUGAUGCGUAAUUUGGUUUUAAAAAUGGGAUUAAGAAGCUGGACCCUCUUUGUUCUGCUAUUAAUUGUAUGGAGAUAAGUCAGUGCAAUGUAAUGCUUCUCAGGAUCCUAGUCUAGCUGUCCAGUGCAGCCUGAGGCCUUUUAAAGGUUUGAAGGUAUUAAUGUUUUCUUUCUCAACGUGAAUAACAUCUUUUUUGAAAACGUGUUUAGCACAAUGGUGCCACUGUCCUUGUAGUGUGAUUUCUUUGGUCAUGAAUUUCCAGGCCCUUCUAGUAAGAGGAGAAAGACACUUCCUUGGUUAACAGCCCUGUUACUGUAUACAUUGCUCUUAAAACAAAAACAAACUAACAAAAAACCAACCAAACAAACAAAAACUUGGAAAAUACCAAGAAUAGGCUGCGAUUCCAGAGGCCUUCUCCCCAUUUUACUCAGGAGAAACCAAGCACUAGAUUCCUACCAAAUAAAAAGUGACCUUUUGGUCCCCUUCCUAGGUACACACCCCAGAUGUGUACCAAGCAAAUGAGAAUGGGGGCCAUUGGCAAUUAAAACAUAAAGAAGCCGGGAACCAGCUUGGGGUGGACAUGCUGCUAACUGCUAACAGUUGACCUGAGCAGUCCUAACUUGUACUCGGUCUGUUAGCGUUGGAUUUGAUUGACUAACAGAGUAAAUAAAACUCAGCUGUAAUAAGACACACCACAUCUGCUAUCAAAGAAAACAACCAGAAGAAAUUUUCUUUUAUUCCCCGUACAUACUCCUUAACUUCUAAACAAUUACAAUAAAUUUUAUUCAUUAAAAACUCAGAAUAUUCAAGUUAGAGGAUCUCGCUUCUCCCUCCCAUGCUUUGUCUUUUAAUGGAUAUGGCCUAAGGGUGGUAAGGAGGGCGAUAAAAGGCAGGUGCCAAAAAGACUGGAGGGAAUGAGUUUUUCCAAAAGCAGAGUAAGGGGUACCAAGUAGAGGAUUGGUACCUGCCCUGGUUUGGGGUAGCGAGAAAGGAAAAUGGUGAAUGAACCCGAAGUGUUUGUGCAAAAGAAAGGUCUGGUACACUUGUGCCUAGCAGUGGUGAGAGCAUAUGAUGCACCGCCCCACAGAGCUCCCUAUGACCAGGUGCACUGCGGCACCCCAGUCUGAGUAACGGGAAAGCAAAGACAGCUCCGUGGAAAUACCGGUUCUUUACGGGUCAGAAUAGCCAACAAGGGCAACUGUGGGGGCGUUUUCUUUGCUUUUGGUUUUGUUUUGUGGGUGGGAAGUGAUGGUGGAGUCCCUAAGGGAAGCAAAGAGAUGCGGUGGGUCACCUAGGUUCUAGAAAAGGCUGGUGGUCAAACUGGCUCUUAAAUGUAUUUUUUGCAUCAUGACUUUUGCAUGGCCCUAUAGCCAUGAUUGUAAUGCCACUUGGCUAAAGACUUCUUGUCCAAAAUGGGAGCUCAUUUACCUCCCUGUGAAGCAUAAAAGUAACUCUUCUGUUUUCAUGUUUUCCUGCAAAGCGAAAGCAUGUGGCAGUCUUCCUCGUGUUAGAAUUAAGAUCAUAUCUGAUGUGUCUCGGACUCAUUUCCCUGUUCCCUGUAGUUGGAGAGUUGCUCCCCAUAAAUGGUAACUUGGAAUUAGUGUUUAUAAAUCCAGCUGUAACACCAAUGGGUGAAUUAGUCUGCAAUCACUCCAGCUCAAACACCCACCCUUCCUUGUAUCCUUCCGUCAUCCCCCUUCUUUCCACAUCUUGCCCAAGAUGAUGCUUGCGGUCAUGCGGCAAUAACUGGACAUAAGAUACUGUCUUUUUGGCAUCUGCUGAAAACUCCAAAUGCCUAAUGAUGGGGUUUUUAAAAAAUGAGCAUUUUUUACAAGUACUCUGAAUUGGAUCAGCAUUAUCAUUCAUUAUAAUGCUAGAUAUAUUUUUGAAACAACAUCCUAUAGUUGUUAUAAAACUACCCUUAUUCUUUUCUAAAGUGUUAUUGUAAAUUCAUUUGACCUUUACUGCAAAAAAAAAAAAAAAAAA